CUUCUGUCAGUUGUUCUACAGUUUCUCUCUGUUGUUUUUGACUCUCUGCCUCCUCCCUCAUGCUGAGGUCACUCAGAGGCAGGACUCCACAUCAGACCUCAGACUGCUUCAGGCUGAGCAGAUAGAAGCAGACAGAAGCCGCUCAGCUGGGAGGAAACGGGAGGAGAUCUGUCUUUUUUGCUGGGAUAUGAGCCUGAACAUCAGCAUCCUCUGAGACAACAGACAUGGACAAACAGAAAGUUCUGUCUAAGCUGAUCUGGGACCUGCAGUCCUUCCUGUCUGUUCUGGACUCAGAGAAUCUGAGCUACAUCGCUCAGGCUCAGAAGAAAUCCAUCUCAGAGCUGCUGUGCAAGCUGCAGCCUCAGGACACUCCAGUGGAGGAUGCUGAAUACAUGAUCAUGAGCUGUCCAUCAUCGUCUCCUAGCAACGAGCCGGCAGACAUACCUGGGACAGAAGGAGUCCGUACCUCUGAGCUGGUCUCACAUCAGGACUCACCUGUCUGGCUGAGGAAUGGGGGCCCCACGGUGCCUCCUCUUCCUCCAGGAGGUCUGGGAGGUGAUGAAGAUGAAGAUACGUACGAGGAAGCCGAACCUUACGUGGCCGCCGACACCAACACCGAGAAGUCGGACAGCAGCCACUACGAGUCGUACGGCGAAGACGACGAUGAAGAGGGGGAGGAGCUUGUGAAGGACAGGGCCCACUACAUCCAAUGGAGUGCCUCGCAGCCCUGCCUAAGGCCCGCCCCCGAGUCUCGCCUCUGCGGCUACCUGUGGAGGAGAAAGUGGCUCGGACAGUGGAGCAAACAGCUGUUCAUCAUCAGGAACGACGCGCUGCUGUGCUAUAAAUGUGCCCGGGACCUGCUGCCUCAGAUGGAGUUGAACCUUCGCGGCUGUCAGCUGGUCUACAAGUCCAAAGCCAACAGGAAGAUCCAGCACCAGCUCAAACUAAUACCCCUGGGAUCCGAGUCGUUGGUUCUGGGCUACAGCAGCUUCCAGCAGGCCGACGAGUGGAGGAAGGUGAUGGAGGAGCUGAGCAUUGGAGGCGGCCUGGAGACUCAAAGUUUCUCUUCUCUGGUUAAAUCAGAGCAGCUGCUGUCCUGCAGGUCCAGUACAGUUCAGACCGACUCUGAUGAGGAGAAACCUUCAGCUCGCUGCAGCAAAGACAAAGGCUUUCUGAACGUCCUGAUGAACUGCCAGUGGCAGAGUCUCCAGUGUCGGGUGGAGGCGGGGCUGCUCAACAUGUUUGCUGAGGAGGAGGAUGAUGAUGAAGAGGAGGAGGAGGUGAGGAAGGAACGGUCGCCUCAGUACACCGUCCAGCUCCGAGGCUGCGAGGUCCGAGCCGGGCCUGACGCCGAGCGCUCCUACAGGAUCACACUGAGCAUGCUCGGCGACCAGGUGGCCGUGCUGGAGGCGAGCAGCUCGGAGGAGAAGCAGCGAUGGAUGAAGUUGCUGCAGGACGGAGCUGCCGGUCACCAUGACAACGGCACACAGGAGCCCACAGGGGGCGCUCUCAGCGGCCUUCAGACUCGAAGGUUUCCCACCUCCAACACCUACAUGGACGACCCGUUCCACCUGAGCGGAACCGGCAGAGACCCGCCCAUCUACUCCAACACCUCCGUCCUGGAGCACAUGCUCCAAAGCUCUCAGGAUUCAGUUCGCUGCAGCUCCGUGUCGUCCAAAGACUCGGUGACCUACAGCAACACCGUCCUCAGCAGCCACAACAAGAAGCCAUCUGAAGUCCAGCGAGGCGUUCAGAAGCUGGAGCUGACUGGGCGGAGCUCCGUACAGCUGAGGGCGGGAUCAGAGACCAACCUGGCGUCCGCCGGAAGGCAAAACAAACGCACCUCUUUUAGACAGUCGCUGGCCGUCUGCACUGAGCGUGCUCAGGCGAGUUUUCUGAACCCUCUGCUGCGACGGACGGCUUCAGCUAAAAACUCUCUGAGACGAGCUCCUUCAGCGCUGUUCAUCGAACAUGGAAAGGUUUUCCAGAGGAGGAAGGAAUGGGAGACCAAAGCUGCUGCUUGACACCAGCUGUCCAAUCAAUCAAUCAAUCAGCCACAUCCUGUCAGCUGUCGUCAGUUUGAUUUCCUACAAACUGAUCAUCUAGCAGACGUUCUUAAGGCGACAGGAACGUUGAUUCGUCCAACAUGACCUCAGAGACCAACAGAAAAAGAAACUGUUGAAUGAUGUAUUCACAGUCAGUAUGUUAAUGGGCUUUGUUCAUCAUUUUUAAAAACUAAAGUUUCUUUUAAUGUUGGUUUUUAAGUCUGGCUGGGCUCUGCAGUAACCAUGGCAACAGCAGUAAACGGUUGCUAACUGUGGCGCUAACGAAUGUUUCCUCAGAUAAUUACCAGGGCCUUUAUUUACCUCAGCAGGGAACAGGACUGAGAUAUUUAUCACUUCCAACUAUGUUCCUGUGAGUUCAUAAUCUUUUAGCUGCAACAUUCCUUCAGAUGUUUAGAGAACGUUGUCAGAACACUUGAAGUUUUAUGAUAACGAAGGGGGAACGUUCUCAUAGAAUGUUUUCUAAAUGUCAUCGAGGCCUCAAAUGAUUUGUUCUUGUAAUGUCUUUUAAUAACAAAGGUGGACCAUUCUGCCUGCAACGUUCUGAGGAUGUUGUUGAGGAAACGUAUCAUAGAACGUUCUUCUUUCAAACAUUCCAAUGAUAACAAAAGAAGAACGUUUUUAAAUCAAUGUUCAAAAACUGUUUUCCAGGUGUUAGCUUCAGAUGGUAGAACUUUCUUCUGUGCCGUGAUAUAUUAAAGGUACAUUUAGCCUUUUUGUUAGAAAACAUUCUUCUAUAAAAUACCUUCCAGCUGAAAACAAAGGAAAGUUCUUCAUGCAAAAUUUAAAAAAAAACGUUUUUCAGAUGUUCUUGAGUCCUCAGAUGACAGAACGUUCUUUAUAAGACGUUCUAUAGUCCAGCUGGGAGGGCUUUAUUUCCAGUUCUUGCUGACUGAUCAGUAUAAUUGACAAUAUUUCACACAUGCAGCAGGAGAUUUCUUUCUUUAUUUGUUCACGCAGCUUUUAAGUGACCUGAGAAAAUAAAAAACUGAUCCCAGCUCAGACAUUAAAACCCAAACAGACUUUAGAAGCAGUUUUAGCUUCAGUCUAAUCUUUUAGCAGCUAGCAAGUAGCUGUUUGUGCAAACAAAACAACAAAGCAAAAACAAAACCUCACUGUAGCUGAAGUAAGUCACACAAAACAAGUGUUAAACAGCAGAAAUAGGGUUCUCUGUGCGUUCUCUCUGGCAGCCAGCAGGGGGCGACUCCUCAGGUUCCUGAUGCUGUAGAAGUCAGUGAUCAAAUGAGCCUUCUUCUAACUUGAUCUGUUUUCUCAGUGAACAGUUUUCCAACAAGUUUAUGGUUCUAAUCUCUCGUGUGAAGUCUCCUUUAACACAGCAUGGAGUUCGUUUUGUAAAUUACAGUCAAAUUUAGAGAAAAAUAGACGAUAAAGCAUCACGUUUUAGGGCUACCGUUCGAGUAACAAACUAAAGUUUAAAGUCGACCCACCACUCAGGCUUUACGUUCAGUUUAAAAAAACAAAAUAACAACGGCUAUGUUCCAAAUUCAAGACUUCAAAACUGUAAAAUCGCUACAUCCAUUUUUCAUACAGACUUUUUUGCUAAAAAAUGACAAAAACAGCAACUUCCAAAGCAAACAGUAAACCUUCAUGUUUAGGAUUUAUUGCAGUUUCAGCUGAAAUAAUCUAAUGAGCAGACAUCUGACUGACCGGUGCCACUGAAUGAUGUGUUUGAGCUACAUUUGAAACAUCUGCAUUUUUUCAUUAGGAUUAGAUAGAAAUAUUCAAAUACAGAAGAAUUGAUAAACCCGAAAGAAAAUGUGUUAUUUAUUAUGUGCAGGGAAUUUUUUUGAUUAUUAUAUCUGAUUAGCACAAAGCAAUGACUCCAGUCUCCUGUAUUUGGAAUCACUUAAAAGUAAUAUUUUCACAUCAAUUUAUUCCACUGGGGAUUCCAGCUUUGGAAAUGUUGUUCAUAAAAAACAAACAACAUAGUUUCAGUUUAAUUAGAUUUUUGUAGCUAAAGCCUCCGUAAACGUCAUCCUGUUGGCAUCCAGCGAGGGAAUAAAAGUCAUAAAUGUUGUUUUUCUGUCCAUAGAAAGUCGUGUGUUUCUAUGGUAACGGACCGUCCGGAGCACGAUUAUUUCUACAUGUAAUUUUUUUGUUUGUUUAAUCUCACGGUUAUGUCGGACUGUGUAAAUGUAUAAGUGAACUAGUUUUCUCACCGUAUACUGACCGGCACUACGUAGUAACUGAUCUAUGAUUUAUGUUUUCCACUUACUGUAGCAUUUUUCUAUUCACUGCGUUUUGUACUCAGGAGAAUGUUUGUUUUUGACUAAACACUGAUCUGUAAAAUUAUAUUAAAAUGAUUUUUACAUAUUA